UGAUAGUUGUGAAAGAAGCUUCAAAUGUCUAGAACCUUCACCGGCAAGCCGCCCGCCAUCCCACGCACGCACGCACCCAUUCAAUUCAUCCAGCUGGGCGCCCGGCGCUUGGCAAGCCUGAUAAAAUUGCACCGUCGUGGGCAGCGCGGGCCAAGUCAUUUACCUUUUUCUUCUGGCGGCCGCCGGUAUGUAGUAUGUAACUUUACCAUCACCCCCCAACAAACACCCCCGACGACAACGACGACAACAACGACAUACCGUGCUUUGUCACCUUCAUCGCACGCCGUGUGAGCACCCCAGCCUGCCUCGAUUCGCCUCAACCACUGCGGCUCCAUUGUUAGUCGACGACACACGCUGCAUGGCCGGCGCGAUUGGGCAGGAAAGGCAAAAAAGACAACCAGCAGACUUCGGUCGAGACACCACUCAGCGCUGCAACCGCCCUCCCGCCACCCCCUUCCUCCUGCAGCUCCCACGGCGAAUACUCCAAAGUUCUCGCGUGCCCUGACGACCUCGAAUCGCCCGCCCGCCCGCCUGCGCACACCGAGGAGGACGAACCGUCUUCACGGGGCCCCCACGUGGCGUAAUGGUCGCCAUGGGAGCCUACCACCAGGCCCUCCACCGGUCCCUCGUCCUCGCCGCCACCGUCUUCUUCAUCGCCGGCGCCUACCUCUUUUCCACGCGCCUCUUUAACGACUCGCCCACGGCCGUCACAAGGAUAAAGAUCACCACCACCACCACCACCAACGGCGGGGACAAUAACAAUAAUAACAAUAACAACCCCCCUCCGGGCGGCAAGCUCACCACCCUCGACGGCAUGCUCGAGCCCGGCGCCGCCGACCUGCCCAUGUCGUACGGGCAGUACGCCCGCCCGGGCUUCGACGGCCUGACCCUCACGGGGGCGCUGCCCGCCGACGUGGUGCCCACGCCCUCCAACGGCCGCCGCCUGCUCAUCAUCGGCGACAUCCACGGCAUGGACGUGGAGCUCGACGAGCUGCUCGCCAAGGCCCGCUUCGACCCGGCGAGGGAUCACGUCGUCGCCGCCGGCGACAUGGUCAACAAGGGCCCCAGCUCGCCCGCCGUCGUCGCCCGCCUCAUGGCCCUCGGCGCCAGCGCCGUCCGCGGCAACCACGACGACCGCGUCCUGCUCGCCCACGCCGAGCGCGCCCAGCUCAAGGGCGUCAGCGCGAAGGAGCUCGCCGCCGCCAACGACGACGAGGACGCCGCUGUCGCCCACCGCGGCGAGGCCGAGUUCGUCGCCGUCGCCCGCGCCCUCUCCCCCGACCAGAUCGCCUGGCUCGCCCGCCAGCCCGUCAUCCUCACCGCCGACCCCCUGCCCAUAUACGUCGUCCAUGCCGGGCUGGUCCCCGGCCUCGGGCUCGACAAGCAGGACCCCUGGGCCGUCAUGCACAUGCGCUCCCUGCGGUACCCGCUCGAGGAGCUCCGCCGGGAAGAGCGCAAGGCGGCGGGCCACGAUGCGCCAUCGCCCAAGAAAAAGGACGACGGCGGCGGCGAAGACGAAGACAACCCGGACAGCGACAGCGACGGAACCGACGCCGACGCCGACGACACCUACCGCAGCGUCGCCAUACCCAUCGAGGACCACUCGGGCCGCAAGUGGACCAGCGCCUGGAACCAGCAGCAGAAGCGCCUCCCGCGCCACCAGCGCCGCACCGUCAUCUACGGCCACGACGCCAAGCGCGGCUUCGUCCAGGGCAAGCACACCAUCGGCCUCGACUCGGCCUGCGUCUACGGCGGCGCCCUGACCGCCCUCAUCAUCGAGGGGUCCGACAAGCCCGCCGACGCAGGGUGGAAGCACACCAUGGUCCAGGUCGUGUGCCGGCAGGGCAUGCGCAACAACUCAUAGCGGCGGAUUGUCUUGUGGUCUCUUCUUUCUUCCUAUUUCUCACACUUUAAUCCCCCCUAGUAACUUUCUUAUUCGCUCUCCUUUUUCUCGUCUUUGGUUCUCCAUGGCGCGGCGUUUUCGUCGUUGGGUAGAAUGGGCCGGUCCGCUUUCGGACGGCGUGGCUUGCAUAAGGAGCGGGAUACAACGGCGUUGCUCGGGGUGGGAGGGAAUCCAAGGCACGCAUGCAUUCUAGACCAGUAUCCAGUAUAUCAUACCUCUUCCGUGACAGGAAACGAAUAUCAAACCAAUGCUUCGACUCUGAG